GCUGCGUGUGAAACUGGAUUCACUGUAAACUAGGUUUACUACGUUAUUGCUUGUGUUUUCAGCUUGUAUCUUCAUAGUUGACGGUACUAUGUUAUAUGGACCAACUUCAUGCGAGUUUAUGUGACCUUGUGGAUGUCCACCUACAUUUGGGGUUAUAUAUAUAACAAACUUUAUAUGAAGUUUGUAAAUUAGUAUGAGGAGUUAGGAAUAAGAUUUACAUCUAGACGGUGAGGUUACGAAAUUAGGCUAGGGUUUUCACCACGAAUUCACAUCAGAUAGAAUACCGAAAUUCUAUCUAACAGUUUUGCUGAGUUCAUUUUGCGCUAGAAUCUAUGAAUUAUAAUCUCACUAUUAAAUUAUACAUAAAUCUGAUCGCUUGAGUUUUAUUUCACUGUUGUUUUUUCAUUUGUUUUCUCUUCCAGUUUGUUUCCACUUCGAAAAUGUUAUCGGGUUUGUUUAGUAAUUUGAUACUUAAGCCUGAAGUUCUGUGUCGAAAAUCAAUUUUUCAUUUUGUGAAUGUUCGAAAAUGUCCAUAUAGCACUGAACAAGAUGAUAUACCGUUUCAUCUCAUGGUUGAAGGUUAUUAUGACAAGGCUUCAGCCCUUGUUGAACAAAAUUUGAUGUCAAAACUUCAAUCAAAAGCGCCAGAUAAUGAAAAAACAAAGAUUGUUAAAGGAACCCUUAACAUAAUUCGGCCACCUACUCACAUUUUCGAGGUUAACUUUCCCCAUAAAGCCGAUGACGGAACGUUCAAGAUCAUUCAGGGUUUUAGAGCUCAACAUAGUGUGCACAGGCGACCCACUAAGGGUGGCAUUCGGUAUAGUAUGGAUGUAUGCAGAGAAGAAGUUAUGGCUCUUGCUGCUCUGAUGACCUACAAAUGUGCUGUCGUAGAUGUUCCGUUUGGUGGUGCCAAGGGGGGAAUUAAGAUAAAUCCUAAAGACCACUCUCCUGCAGAAUUAGAAAGGAUAACCCGUCGGUUUGCACUAGAGUUGGCAAAACAAGGAUUUCUUGGUCCUGGAACUGAUGUUCCUGCUCCGGAUAUGGGGACUGGACCCCGGGAGAUGAGCUGGAUUGCGGAUACGUAUGCAAACACCGUAGGACAUAACGAUAUGCACAGUCAUGCUUGUGUAACAGGAAAGUCUAUCGCUAUGGGUGGUAUUCACGGUCGCAUUUCUGCAACAGGACGCGGGGUCUAUCAUGGGAUAGACAACUUCUUAAAUAACCCAAAAUAUGCAGAUGCUAUCGGUUUAUCCCCGGGGCUGAAGGAUAAAACUUUCAUUGUUCAGGGAUUCGGGAAUGUUGGUUUGCAUACAAUGCGUUAUCUUGUACGAGCUGGUGCAAAAUGUAUUGGUAUUGCUGAAAUCGACGGACAGAUUUACAACGCAGAUGGUAUAGACCCACGAGAACUCGAAGAUUGGCAAAUUGCAAAUGGUACGAUUGUUGGCUUUCCACAUGCAAAACCAUAUACAAAAGGUUCUCUUCUUUUCGAAGAGUGUGAUAUCCUUAUUCCUGCGGCAAAUGAAAAACAAAUCCAUAGUGGCAACGCUGAUAAGAUCAGAGCAAAAUUAAUUGGGGAGGGUGCAAAUGGUCCCACCACACCAAAAGCUGAUAAAAUACUGCGGGAGAAGAAUAAGCUGGUUAUUCCAGAUUUGUAUCUGAAUGCUGGUGGUGUUACUGUCUCGUAUUUUGAAUGGCUUAAAAAUUUAAAUCACGUGAGCUAUGGUCGACUAACCUUUAAAUACGAACGCGAUUCCAACUAUCAGUUACUAAAUAGUGUACAACAGUCUCUAGAGAAGAAGUUCGCUGACAAAAUACCGAUUACACCAUCCGAAGAUUUUCAGCUUCGCAUUGCGGGGGCAUCUGAACGCGAUAUUGUUCACUCUGGUCUGGAGUAUACUAUGGAGCGAUCUGCUAAACGCAUCAUGAAUAUUGCGAAUGCCUACAACCUUGGAUUAGAUGUUCGUACAGCUGCAUAUAUCAGUGCGAUUGAAAAAAUAUACAAUGUCUACCUGGAAUCUGGCUUUGUCUUCACUUAAAUGUAUUGUGCAACUUCAUGUCCUUAUGGUCGAAAUUGCAAUUACAGUAUAGUAAAAAGGAACUACACAUCAUUUGUAUCAAUAAAAGAUAUUCAACUGGCAGUUCUUUUAUGUAAUCAAAAUAAAAUAUCUUUUAUAGGCACCGAAGUUUUACUUACGCCUGUGUCCUCGUUCACAACACUAUGACUUGAGAUAGGGCAUUGUUAAUGCUUAUGCCAUUCAAUGGAGAUGCAAAUGGACACCUUUCAAUGCAUUAAAUAAAUUCGUUUGUUAGCAGCAAAUGAGUGGCGUGACAAUCAGCUGAAUCAAUAUUUAAAAGAGGUAGAAGCUGGACUAACUUUAUGUACCUUACGUAUGUUAAACAAAUAUUUUGUAAACAAGAGACUUUUGUCCUCUUAUGCACUAUUAUGAACAUUGCAACCGCCGUAAGUAAACGCCUUGUUUGAACAAGAAAACUAAUUUUUCAUACAUCUGACUGUUUGCUUGAUGGAAUUGACCGUUUAUAAGUUCAAGUUUAAGUUUGCUAUCUAUUCAUAGUGUCCAUACUAUCUAUGAGUUUAUACAUUCAAACAUAAUUUACUUGUUCAACAAAAAAAUGACACAUACCGUUACACCGUCGUGUAAAUAAAGUUUAUUACUUUUAAUAUGUAGCUAAAGUGAAAAAAUAUAUCUAUUUCCGAAACUAUCUUCUGAAAAAAAUAGGUUAAAGGAAUGAGUCACUGCAAUCCAAUAUGUAAAAUAAAGUACUACAAAACUUACGCAGCGACAAAUAAAUAAGCAUACAGUUUACGUUGACUGUCGGAACAAUUAAAUAUGGAGUAGAGUAAAUAAUUACUAAAACAUUAUUAUGGAUCAGCUUAGUUUAAGACUAUGGUUUAAGUACGCUAAUUACUUAAUAACGACUAGUCAAUUCGGUAUUAUUCCCUGUUCUAUUGAUAAUUCUUCUGUCAGUUUUGUCAUAUUUUAUCGUGUA